CAUUUAUACGUUCGUUAAUUCUUGUUUUGUCACGAAUUAUUAGCAAUUCUCAUAAUAAGAAUUUAUUACGUUAGGUCUUUACAUCGCGAUAGAACAUUCUCUGUUUGCCUUGAAAUUUGAAAGGAUCCUGUCACGGAUAUCCUACGAUGUCUAGACAAUUAAACGAAUACAUGCGUAUAAUUCUCUCACGACCGAUUAAAUGUUCUCUUAUUCUCUAAAUAAAAAAAAAAAAAAAUAAAAAAAUUAUAUACACACACACACACACACAUAUAUAUAUAUAUAUAAUUCAUUAAUUAUCAACUUCGUGCUCAUUGAUAAAUUGAUAUCAAAUGAAAUGUUUUUGGAUAAUGAAAUACUUGGAAUAAUUUUCGUCAACGUAUAUAAACCAAAAAAGAAAAAAAAAAUAAUAAAACGUAAUAUUUCUCUUUUAAAUUUUCAAGCAAAAAUUUUGGUUGAUUUGAUUAAAAUUGAAUUGGCCAAGAAAUAUAAGAUGAAACACAGGCCACGAGGAGCAAAACAAGGAGGGCCAUCUGGCAUGAAAAGAGAAAUCGUUUCUUAUACUCCAGAUCGCAUUUAUUUCGAUGGAAUCGUUUAUUGUUUCAGAGUUAGAGUCGCCCAACAGAAAUCUUUGCUGGCCGACUUGUUCGAUACCGCGAACGAUACAAGAGAUUCGAAUUAUUUGGAAGAAGACGAACGUAUUUUUAGAUGGCAAGAGAAGAUCUUCAGUCCCUUCGAAAUUGAAUUUUACAACGACGAAAAGAAUUGCGUUAACGAGUUACAAAAAGAAUAUCAUGAACUCAUAAAGGAAAAAAAUUUGCAAGGCUCGCGUUUAUAUAAUUAUACAGAAACGGAUACGUAUUAUCCCAAUGAAAAUCUGCUUACGAAGCCUUAUCAAUCAUAUUUGUCAUUUAAAAAUCAAUUAGCAUUACCGGCAAUACUAAAUCGUAAACCGUUUACACUUAGAUAUAAUAAAAAUGUGAUCGAUGAUAGAAUCAAUGAUAAAAGAAUACGUUCCAAUCAUUAUUUUUAUAUGGAACGUAGUACAAUGUAUAUAAUGAUAGAUUUAAGUAGAAAGGAUAAAAAAGAUUUGUUUCAUUCGACUGACAUUGAUAUGGAAAUUCUUUUAUGCAAAAUAACUUAUGAUAAAACACAUAAUAUUCUUACUAUGUAUCCUGAUUUUACUACUGACGAAUCUUACACUCUUACAACUGAUAAUGGUAUUAGAUAUGAUUAUUGGCUUGAACAUAUUUCUGAAAUACAAACUACAUCGGAUUUGGAACAACAACAAGAAGAAUUACGACAAGAAAUACAAAAACUUUUGCUGUACAAAACUGCUGAGAUAUCUAAUGAAAUAGAAGUAACGGUUCCAAACAUAUUACAAAUUUUUUUAAACAUAAACAUUGUUUCUGCACACAAUUUUUCUUACAAUGGUUUAUUUAUAACUUAUUAUAUCGUACUGCCAAAAGAUUGGAGUACUAAGGAAAAAGAACGAUUAAUUGGUAGAACACAAAAAUCUUAUUUAAAAGAUAAAACUGCAUACUUUGAUUAUAUCAUGGAUAUAUUAUUGGAUUUACAUUUAAAUGUAUUAACUAAAAAUGAUACCGUUACAAAAUGGCCAUCUUUAUUAAUAUCUGUAGCGUCUCUUGAUAGCUGGACCAGAUAUCGUAUAGAAGGAUAUGGAGUGGUACCUAUAUCGUUAUCUCCAGGCACACAUGAAUUAUCUAUACCCACUUGGAGGCCAGCAGGGAAUAUUGUUGAUUCCCUUCGUCGAUUUUUUACAGGUGGUACUUACGAAUUGGAAGAUAUUACACAUUGUGGAAUUCCAUCAGUACAUGAGAGUGCGACGUUAGACAAAUCAAAUUUAAAUGUUGUAUCGAGUGGUUAUGUUAAAAUGAAUAUUAACAUUGUUCAUCGAUAUAAUGUAAAUACAAUUAAUACAAAUUUUCAUAGUAAAUAUUUUGAAAGAGAGAAUGUUAAUACGCUCAUGAACAAUGUGGAAAAUGUUUUUGAACAGUUUAAGGCGGCUAGAGAACGUAUGUUACAAAUUAGAAAUGCAGAUCUAUGAUUUUAUUCUAUAUUCUUAAAAUUAUUUAAUAUCUUGUAUAUAAGUAUAUAUAAUAUAAAUUGACAAGUAAUACGAAAUAACCUAUGAAUUUCUCAUUCUUCAAAUCGUAUAAUUAAUUGAAAAUUAUAAUUAAUACGAAAUAUUGUAAAUUAAUAUAAAUUCAAGUAAAAGUAUAUAUUUAAA